AUGGUUGCUUUUCGACAGGUGCUUACGCUGUCCGCAGUUGGCGUCGCUGCUGGCCAUGGCCUGGUGGAUGGCAGCGCCAGGCCAACUACGAAGGUCAUCAACCUUCUGAAGGACAUGGAGAGCUCUCUGGAAGCAGAGGCGAAAGAAGAUGAGGAUACCUAUGAGAAGAUGCAGUGCUGGUGCAAGAGCAACGGCGAGGACAAGGCAAAGAGCAUCGAGUCGGCCGAGGCUCGCAUCAAGGGUCUGGAGGCGCGCACCGAGGAGUUGGCUGCAACGAGCGCGCGCCUGGCCUCCGAAAUUUCAACCUCCGAGGAUGAGGUCGUGCACAACGAAAAAGCUCUGGACACUGCUGUGGCUUUGCGAGAGCAACAGCUUGCAGAGUUCCACGAUGACGAGAAGGACUUAACACAGUCCGCCACAUCCGUGAACCAAGCGCUGGAUGCCCUCAGUUCUGACAAGUCUUCGUUCUUGCAGAUGCCGCAGGCGCGCCUCAUGAGUGCGCUGUCGCAGCUGCGGGCGAUCGUGUCCAAGCACAUGAGGCUUCUCACCAAGACGCAACGCGAGAAGGUUGAGGAGUUGAUCAAGAACCCUUCGAAAGCAAGGUCAGCUUUCCUGCAAAAGGCUCCUGAUACUACCAGCGUGGUGGCUGGAACGCUGUCAACCCUCAAGGACGGCUUCGAGAAGGACCUUGCGGAAGCCAAGGCGCAAGAGGAGAAGGACAAGAAGGCCCACGAAGGGCUGGUCAAGGCCAAGAGCGAGGAAAUCACGGCCGGCAAGAAGCAGCUGGAGGCAAAGAAGGAGCAGAAGGCAGCUGCGGACCUGGAGCGUGCGCAGGCCAAGCAGGACAUCAAAGACACCACAGCCGCAUUGGAAGCGGACGGAUCGCUGAGCACCGUGGUGAAGGAGAAGUGUGCGGCCAUGGAUGCGGACUAUGAGAAGCGGAGCGCGCUCCGACGCGAAGAGCAGAGCGCCGUGGCCAAAGCGGUCGAGGUCUUGAGCUCCGACGAGGCUCACGACGUUUUCGGCAAGACGCUAUCUUUCCUGCAGGUUGGAAAAGACAACGAAGGGGCUGCCAAGGCGAGUGCCUUGUCAUUGUUGGCGGAGGUUGGCGAGAAACAGAGAGACGCUCGCUUGGCCACAUUAGCGCUCACCAUGAAGUUGGACACCUUUGAGAAGGUCAAAAAGGCGAUUGACGAAAUGAGGGUAGCCCUCAAGCAGGAGCAGGAGGCAGAGAAGAAGAAGAAGGAUUGGUGCACGUCCCAGUUUCAGAAGAAGAAGUUGGAAACACAGGAGAAAACUCACGAAGAGCAGACCAAGAUCGCUGAGCUGGAAAGCCUUCACAGCUCUGUCUCGCAGCUGGCCGGGGACAUCAAGCUCUUGGAGGACGAGGUCUCCGAAAUGAACAAGCAGCUUCAGGUAGCGGGUCAAAACCGCGAGAAGGAAAACAAGGAGUUCCAGAAGGUUGUGGGAGAGCAGCGCACGACCCAAGUCCUCUUGAAGGAAGCAAUGGCAUCUCUGAAGUCUGUUUAUGCCAAAGAGGCCGCUUUCCUCCAGGAAUCGACAUCCAAAGUCGCAGGGUGCCAGGAAGAGGAGCCUGAGUUCAAGGACUUCAAGCAGCAGUCCAGCAGCUAUGGCGUGCUUGGCAUGCUGCAACAGUUGAUCGCGGACUCGAAGGCGAUGGAAGUUGAGGCGACACAUGCCGAAAGCACUGCGCAGGAGGACUACGAGGCUUUUACCAAAGGGACCACCGCAUCUGUGGAAGCGAAGACGAAGGAAAUCACGGACAAAGAUGCGGACAAGGGAGCCACAGAGGCUUCCCUUGUGGAGGCUCGGCAGUCCAAAGAAGGCCUCACGGCGGAGUUGGAGAACCUCGCCACGGCGGUUGCUGAGCUGCACGACGAGUGUGACUACAUGAUGAAAAACUUUGAUACUCGGCAGUCAGCGCGAGACGACGAGAUGGAAGCGUUGCAGCAAGCAAAGUCGAUGCUGUCGGGUGCAAAGGCUUGA